GGGCACUUCUACCCCCUCCCUGCCUACAGGGCACUUCUACCCCCUUCCUGCCUACUGGGCACUUCUACCCCCUUCCUGCCUACAGGACACUUCUACCCCCUUCCUGCCUACAGGGCACUUCUACCCCCUUCCUGCCUACAGGGCACUUCUACCCCCUUCCUGCCUACCGGGCACUUCUACCCCCUUCCUGCCUACCGGGCACUUCUACCCCCUUCCUGCCUACAGGGCACUUCUACCCCCUUCCUGCCUACCGGGCACUUCUACCCCCUUCCUGCCUACAGGACACUUCUACCCCCUUCCUGCCUACAGGGCACUUCUACCCCCUUCCUGCCUACCGGGCACUUCUACCCCCUUCCUGCCUACAGGGCACUUCUACCCCCUUCCUGCCUACCGGGCACUUCUACCCCCUUCCUGCCUACAGGACAC